CCCGGGGAAAGCGCGCUAGUCCUGAUAUGCUCUAGUUAGCGACAGAAACUUUAACCCGCGGGUAAAGUCAGAUCCGCUCUCCCCUCACCAGCGCCAUCACUCGCAAGUCGCACAUUGCAGUGCAUUGGGACGUUUGCAGUCCCCUGCAGAUGGAUCUUGAUAACGAUCGUCCGGUAGCUGGUUGGCCAGUCAGCGCACGUCCUCGGAGUACUGUGCGCGGAUCAGGCUUGACAGCCGCGAGUUGAGGGAGAUGGUUCUCCAACCGGUCGGCAUGUGGCACCGGUAUUGCUCAACUUUUUGGGACCUCCUCCCCCUCAUCCACGGGUAGCCGAUUCAUCUGCCGUCACCGUCGCUUCAUGGAUAUAAGACUCACCUCGCCCGCAGCAUGCUUUUUGCUUCUUCAUUCUCCAACUCUUAUUCCCUCCGAUCACACAGACUUCCGUCGAUCAUACCUCCACCAUGUCUACCAACGCCCGCUUCGACCCCAACUUCACGCCCUAUGUGAUCAACGCCAUGGGCCCCAAGACGCCUGAGCGCGCCCGCGUUGUUCUCGGCUCGUUGAUCAAGCACAUUCACGACUUUGCUCGCGAGGUCGAGCUGACCCCCGCCGAGUGGAUGCUCGGUGUCGAGUUUAUCAACUCGAUCGGCAAGAUCAGCACUCCCAUCCGUAACGAGGGCCACCGCAUUUGCGACGUGAUCGGUCUGGAAUCCCUCGUCGACGAAAUUGCCAACCGCAUCGUCACCGAACAAGGCCUCUCCCCCACCUCCAACGUCAUCCUCGGCCCCUUCUGGUCGCCCAACGCUCCCUUCCGCGCCCUCGGCGACUCCAUCAUCCAAGACCCCAACCCCAACGGCAAAGUCACAUACAUGCACGGUGUCCUCAAGGACAUGGAGACCGGCGCCCCCAUCGAGGGAGCCGUCCUCGACAUCUGGCAGGCCUCCGCAAACGGCCAGUACGACUUCCAGGACCCCAACCAGAGCGAGAACAACCUCCGCGGCAAGUUCCGCUCAAACGAAAAGGGCGAGUUCUACUGGUACUGCUACCACCCGACCCCCUAUUCGUUGCCCACCGAUGGACCCGCUGGCGUCCUGCUGAACAUCAUGGACCGCUCGCCCAUGCGGCCCGCACAUAUCCAUCUCAUGAUCACACACCCCGACUACGCGACCGUCAUCAACCAGAUCUACCCCUCCGACGACCCGCAUCUCGACAUCGACUCCGUCUUUGCCGUCAAGGAUGAUCUCGUUGUGGACUUCAAGCCCAAGACCGACGACCCCAAGGCUCAGCUGGAUCUCGAGUACAACGUCACCAUGGCGCUGAAGAAGCACCACCCCAACCCCAACUCGGCGCCUCCCGUUUCCUCGUUUGAGCGUUUCAACAAGGCUGCCAAGGAGAAGCUGUAGAUUGCAGUCUCCGACGACAGUUUCUUGGGGGAAAAUUGAUACCAUAUCAGUCACGAUGCAUUCAUGUACAGUUAGAUUUGCUUUUAGCGAUGUCCAUAUUUUUUCAUAAAGACUCUUUACCAUUUCAC